AUGGGAACAAUCACGCGGUGGCGGAGCCUGGCAGAGCUGCUUACGAAGGCUCAAGAGAAUAUGGGAACCGUCAUGGGUGACCUUGGGAUGUCCUUGAGUAGACUUGGCCGGUUCGAGUGCGAGGAUGCGGCCAUUGUUGUUGGCAAUGCCGCUGUGAAAGCGAGCAGGUGCUACACAGAAUCCAGCACGCAGUGCAUUAAGUAUUUGCUUACCUUUCACGAAUACCUUGCCUUGAUGCAAGCUAUUCACGGUGCUUUCGCUGAGCGAUCGAAAGCACUACUGACGGUCCAAACUCUUAAAUCCGACAUAUCGUCAAUGCAAGCUCGCUAUGAGAAGUUAACAGCGGCGUCUUUGAGAAUUUUUGGUGGCGACAAACGUAAGAUAGAGGAGACAAAAGCGGCCAUUGCAAGCUCGGAAGAAGCUUGCGCAUCCGCUCGAAAGGAGUACGAUCGCAUCAAAGUAAGAAAAAAACGCAUUUUUACAGUUCAUACAGCUAACUCUUGUUCGCAGGAACGGAACUGGGAAGAGAUUGAGCGAUACGACGUUAAUCGACAGACAGAUCUAUUCGAGAUGUUGAAAGGAUUUGUACAGACGCAGGUGGGUUACGCGGAAAAACUCGGUAAAGCGUGGAGUGAAGUGUCGGAAAGCUUAAGCUCUGGGGAGGGCAUGGCUAGUUCUAUGUAA